AUGUCUGCCAGUCCAUCACUUCUCUCUGUGUCAGUGAGUCCCUCUGGUGAGAUAGUGGAGGGCAGUUCAGUGAAUCUGACCUGUAGCAGUGAUGCUAACCCAGCAGCUAAUUACACCUGGUACAAGGAGAAUGAAGACUCACCAAAAGCUUCAGGACAGAUCUUCACCAUCACUGACCUCAGACCUGAACACAGUGGGAAUUAUUACUGUGAAGCCCAGAACACACGAGGACGUCGUAACUCCACCUUAAAUCUCACUGUUGUAGCAGGAGCAUGGACGUUAGCAGCCAUUGGAACAACCACUGCUGUCAUCCUCGCUGUCGUUCUCCUCUCUGUCUCUAUAUUGAUGAGCUGUUUAAUCAGAAAAAAGAGGGCCUCCGAGCACCCAUCUGAGCCUGGAGAGAGAGCAGACAACAGGGAACAGAUUCAGCAGGAUGACCUUACCUAUGCCGCUGUCACGUUCUCCCAGAACCACGUGGAUCCUCUCUACUCCAACAUCAGAGCAGCUCGGCCCAGGAGACAUAAGGACGGGGAGGAUAUUAAAUACGCUUCGGUCAAAUUUAACAGAGGCAGCGCUGCCCCGAGAACCAGAGGUGAAGAAACACGGGAGGAUGUGGCUUCUCUGUACAGCACAAUCAGCAAAACCUGCUGAACACACGGGGAACAUCCAACCUGGUACUUGUAUUAAGUGGUUUGUUUAAGCGGGUAACUGCUGAUUAAACAUAUUUCCUUCAUUAGGACCAGUCUGAACACAAAAACACACAAAUUUAGAUUCACAAACUUAAACAGAACAUCAGAGUUCAGUUUAUCUUCAGUCAGCACAGGUUAACUCUGAACAACCUGUAAAUGAUUUAUUACAUUUUUCAGAAGCCUAUUUAAUAUAGUAUUACAGACAUGUCAAAUUAAACUCCCUCAAGGUCAUUUUAAGUAUGUUUUAACAUUUCAAACCAACAACAGAGUAACAUGAAUAGCUAUUUGUAUUUACUGCAUGUUUCAAACUGAUGUAUUUUUACCUUUGACAUUUUAGACUUUAUUGUGAACCUGUACAUUUGUAAAGAUGAGUAGAACCUAUGUAUCUUUGGAUUGGUGAAGAUGGUGUCUGUAUUUACCACAUCCUUUUCUCAACAGUAAGUUUCAUGUCAGACAGUGAGCAUGUGUGACAGUUUUAUUAUUAGCCGUUCUAUAAAAGCUAUAAUAACCUUGAGUUGACUGGUUUUAGUAGUUUUGUUGCUGCCAGUCGUGUUUCGAAAAACCGGACUAUAUCUGUCACUGUUAGUGGCUACACUUUCAGUUCUCUGUUCCACA